ACAGGCACGUACGGGGUGGAACCGCGAAGCCAGUAGCAAUUCCUAGCAUAUCAGAGCUAGCAAUGUGACCGCAUCUCAAUCUGAACGUCGCUGGUUAAUGUUGUGAGCUUAUAUAACUACACAGGGUUAUGAGUGGGUAGCUCAUACGCACUUGUCAGUCGGUUGUCCGUAUAACAAACCAUUAUGGAUGCAGUGAACGCGUUCAACAUGGAGUUGUUCUCCAUGAUUGACAUGAAGCCGCCAAUAUCUCGUGCCAAGAUGAUGUCCGUCACAAAAUCAGCCAUUAAAGCUAUCAAGCUUUACAAGCAUGUUGUCCAGAUUGUUGAAAAGUUCAUCAAGAAGUGCAAGCCAGAAUUAAAAGUCCCUGGUUUGUAUGUGGUUGAUUCCAUUGUUCGACAGUCACGACAUCAGUUUGGUGUUGACAAAGACGUAUUUGGGCCCAGAUUCUUGAAGAACUUCACAGAUACCUUCCAAAACCUUUACCAUUGCCCAGAAGAUGAUAAGAGUAAAAUUGUCCGCGUCCUGAACCUGUGGCAGAAGAAUGGUGUGUUUGACAUGGACAUCAUUCAGCCUCUGAUGGAUAUGGCCAAUGGAGUCAUUGUACCUGCGCCUGCACUGGAAGUUCCCACUGACCACCGACAAGAGACACAACUUCCUGUUACUAGUGCCUCUGUUGUGCCCCAGCUACCCAGUCCUGAUGCCUUAGCUGCUGUGGCACAGCUGUUUCAGUCCCCCCAUGGUCAGGAGCUGCAGAGGAUGCUCCAGAACUUCCAGCAGGCAGAUAAAACUCUGGCAGCCUCCAUUGCAAACAACAUACCAAACCCACCCCAGAUGCCUGUGGCCCAGCUCCACCCAUACAGUGAACACACAGAGAAGAAAAGCUCUUUGGCCGAGAAACUCCUUGACCGGUUUGACUAUGAUGAUGAACCUGAGGAUAUAAUGGCUAAAGAUGGCAGUGCCCAGUCACAGGGCAUUCCUGAAAACGUGUUUAACCAGUUUCCUGGUCAGAUGCCCAAAAUGGAUAAUGUUCAUCCACAUAUGAUGGGACAGAGUGGUGGUGUUGAGUACGGUGGAGGAAUAAGUCAUGGUGAACAUCAUGUGAUGCCGGAUGGAUACCGUUCCAUAAAUGAGGCUUAUUCACAACCGCAGGGAAAUUCAAGAGAAGACUCAACUAUGAGGCGGGAGGGCAGACACCGAGGCUUUGGCAAGAGAUCAAGGUCCAGAUCUGGUUCCAGAUCUCCCAGGAGAAGAAGAUCAAGAUCUUCUUCUCGCUCAAGAAGGCCUAGGCAUCGACGCUCUCGUUCUCGCUCCAGAGAAUGGCACUGGAGAUCCCGCUCUCAUUCUCAGGACAGGAAUGAAAGGGAGAAGGACAGAGAGCGCAGACAGAAAGGUCUUCCCAGCAUAAAGAGCCAGACACUCAGUGUUUGCAGCACUACACUUUGGGUUGGACAACUAGACAAGAAAACUCAGCAGUCCGAUGUGAUGUCCCUUUUGGAAGAGUUUGGCCAGAUUGAUUCUAUCAAUAUGAUUCCUCCGAGGGGUUGUGCUUAUAUUGUUAUGGUUCACAGACAAGAUGCCAAUACAGCCUUGAACAAACUCAGUAGGGGGUCAUACAAAGUCAAUCAGAAACCUGUUAAGAUUGCUUGGGCUUUGAACAAAGGUAUAAAAUCAGCACACAAAAAGUUCUGGGAUGUGGAGCGGGGAGUUACCUACAUACCCUGGAGCAAAGUCAAAGUUGAUGAGUUGGAGAGCUAUCGGGAAGGGGGUAUACUGGACGCAGAGACACUAAAUCCAGAGUGGAAUAAUGCCAAGGACCUCAAUAAGCUGGCAGCUGUAAAUGGAGCACUGGAAAGUGUACCAGCAGAUGGAACCAUCACUGCUCAUAUUCAGGUGCCACCGGUUGAACAAGCAGCACCCAUCGGAAGUCCACCGGCUUUUCCUGGCCCCAUCAUGCUGUCCCCUACAUCCAUGCCUCCAGGAGGAGCUCCUUUUAUGCCCACAGAGUUUGACCGUACAAAGUUGGUACCAGCAGGAAGUGUAAAACUUCCAGAGGCGUCCACCAAGGAUUCUAUAGGGGACAAAGGCACACCCUCAGAUGUAGGCACCGACAACCGGCUGGGGUCUCCUGUAGCACCGGGGAUGACCCUGCCAGGCCCUGGAGUCAUGCAGGGUCCCAGACCGGGUAUGCCACCUAUGCAGCCUCCUCCCGGGAUGCCGAAUCCUCAUCUACCUCCAUUCCUGUCACCUCCAAACAUGCCACACAUGCCCCCAGAAAUGAUGCCCGGAGGACCUAUGUUUCCACCAGAUAGGUUCAGAAUGCCAAUGCCCUUUCCUCCUCGUGGCCCCCCUUUCCAUCGACAUCCUUCUAUGGGACCAGAGGGCAUGAAUGACAGAGAAGGGAGGCAUUUCCGAAAUGGGAGGCCAGGGUUUGGGUGUCCGCCCUUCCACAGAGGGAGGUGGUAGAUGUUAGCUGAGUGAUGGACCUGAAGGGGAGAGGAUGCUGAACCACUGUGAGACAUACUAACAAAUAUCAGGACAUCCGGUUCAACAAGGACUGCGGUGAACAACUGUUGGUGCUGAAAAGACUUUAUUUUAUACCACCAGAACCUUUUCCUAGUGUCAAAAAACAAACAGUGAAAAACAAGACACGAUGUUCUGAAUGUGGUCUGUGCUCCUUCAAGUUCACCAGAGAAGAGACACUUUGCUGUAAAUAUUGUAUGUGCUUGUAGCUGUUUGCUAUCUUUUUGUAUAUUUGAAGUUGUGUAGUUUAUGCUUACGUCUGUAAUCCUGGUAGUUGGGGGUGAAAACAAAGGCAAAGUCUGUAUUUUUGAGCUUAGUUUUUGUCUAUGGAAGAAGAUUGUAAAAAUCUAUUAUACCUUUUGGGUAUUUUGUUUUUAGUAAAAUCCCUUUGUACCACACUGAUGUUAAAUUCUUCACCAGAGAAGACGGUUUUCAUUUAAAGCAGAAGAUGAUUUCAUGUCUUGCCAGUAGAGGGUAGAGUAAACCCUGUUACCAUGGCUAGCCUCUGUUGUACAUUAAGGUCACACCUUGUAGAAUUAUGUGCAGUGAAUAUUAAAAAGAGGUACUACCA